AUGCAGCAGUUGGUUCUGAAGGUCCUUUGCUCCUCACUGCUUCUUCUAGCAGUGCUGCCCUCUGUCUACUCACAGUCAGACUGUUCCCAAGCCACGUCAUGUGAUCUGUGUGUUGGAGACUCCAUGCUCAACCUGACAGGCUGUGUCUGGAGGCUUUGUCCAGAUGGUAAUGAUACAGGCCUGUGUGUGACUGACGAGGGCGACUCAGCAGACAAUGGCAUGAACUGUAGCUGGACCAGAGUGUCUGAAUUGUGCACAGUUGUAGAGACUGUAGCUGAGGGAGGAAGUGAAGGUGACUCGGGUGAUGGCAGUAACACUAAAUCAUCCCCAGAGUUCUCCCAGGCCAAGUUUGACAUGUCCAGUUUCAUUGGCGGUAUCAUACUGGUUCUGUGUCUGCAGGCAGGUGGCUUCUUCGCCAUGCGCUUCCUCAAAUCCAAAGAGCAGAGCAGCUAUGACCCCAUAGAGCAGCCACAAUGAAGACAUGAUAUGUGAAGGACAAGCAGAUGAGGGUGGAGGACAGCAGAGCAGUGACUCAUCGACUUAUGACGACAAGUU